UUUCAUUUCUCUACGACAUGUCUCAGCAACCUGUUGCAUUUUUAACCCGCAAAGAAACCUUUAGCGCUUGCCAUCGCCUGCACAGUAAACAUUUGAGUGAUGCCGAAAACCGUGAAAUUUAUGGAAAAUGUAACAAUCCAAAUGGCCAUGGCCACAAUUAUACGGUCGAAGUAACUGUCCGAGGCCCCAUUGAUGUUCGCACUGGCAUGGUCAUGAACAUAACAGACCUAAAAUUCGCCAUGGAUGGUGUCAUCUUCAAACAAUUGGAUCACAAGAAUUUGGACAAAGAUGUGGAAUUCUUUCAAAAUACGCCCAGUACAACAGAAAAUCUCAGCGUUUUCAUAUGGGACAAUGUACGUCAGGCCCUCAAACGUCCCGAACUAUUGUAUGAAGUGAAAAUCUAUGAAACCGAUAAAAAUUCCGUUACCUAUCGUGGUCCAUAUUUACAAAAUGGCCAGUAUAUGUUGAAUAAACGUUCGGCCAAGACAAGUUGUACAAACAUUUCAUCGGAUUCGGAUUAA